GAAGGCACAGGUUGCAAACAUUGAUUCAUGUUUAAAAUCUAAGAAGACACUACCAACUUCUACACUUGUUAAGGUUUUUGUGAAAUUCAAUAGUUGCAUUUCCCUUUCCCGCCCGGUGUAGACCUGGCCUGCGUGCUGUUAAUUAAAGUGGGAGGACAGAAAGGCUCCGGACGGGGUGAGAGGGAAGCUGAAAAGCCCCUCCCCGCAGAUUGUAGCCUACGAUGCGAUGGUGCUUUAAUUUCAUUGUUUGAGAGGAGCGACGCUCGGAGUGCAUCUGCUGGGAUCAAACAGCCCCGAAAGAGAGAUCCCUUUUGUCAUGGAAAUCAGACCCUGACUCUGUCACACGUGGGCUUCAGAAAUGCUAAGAAGUUGAACAUCCAGCCAGGACUUGUAAUACAGAAUAGAACGGGUCAAGGAGAUGGCGAGGACAAUCUGACCAGUGUACGAUAGGACUCUCUCUCCACGUUUCACUCUCAUCGGCAGUAGGAUAUUUAUAUAUAGCUAAUGUGCACAGUCAAUGCGCUGUAGUCUACAGCAUAUACUGCAUAUGCAUUUUUGUCGCGCUUGGAAGUAGGCAAGGAGGUUGAGUUUGUUAUUCUUCUGAAAUGGCUAGUCAUUUUCGGUAAAUGUAAUUCGCUCUGUAUAGGAUACUUUUUUGUUUUCAAUGUAUAGAAACUAUAUUUAUCACUGUUUUGGUAUCGCGUAGCCUGUUUUUCAAAAAUGCUGGAUUUGGUUCUACGGAUGGUUUUCUGUGCGCUGCUCUGUUCUAUUUCUGCGCGCGCAUCCGGGUGCCCUCUUCGUUGCGAAUGCUCGGAAGCUGCUCACACGGUGAAGUGUGUUUCCAAAGACUUGCGGAGUGUCCCGCCUGGGAUACCAGGGUACACGAGGAAUCUGUUCAUAACUGGAAACCAGAUCAGCAGAAUUGGACCGGAAUCGUUCAAAGGGCUGGACAAUAUAACAACGCUGUCACUGAGUAACAAUAGGAUAACAGAGGUAGAGUCUCAGACUUUCUCUGGGCUGCGUUCCCUCCGCUCUCUGGACCUGAGCUCCAACCAGCUGGCUGUCAUCAACCCAGAGGCCUUCACUGUUCCGGGCCACACUCUCAGGGAGCUCAACCUCAGCCGAGCUCUCUACAACCACUCCUCUCUCAUGAACCUGGCUAUGUCUCUUCGCUGGUCCACCCUGGUUGAGCUCCGGACCCUGGACCUGUCAGGGAACAGGCUAAUCUACCUGCCCUCUCACACCUUCUCCUACCUGGGUGGCCUGCAGAGGCUCAUCCUGGCCAACAACUCCCUGGUGGCCCUCUACAAUGGCACCUUCUCUGGGCUGGACUCUCUGGAGCAGCUGGAUCUGACCCUUAACGCUCUGCGGACUGUCCAGGAGGAGGGCCUGGCUGAGCUGGCCUCUCUGCCCCCCGGGGUGAGACUCCUUCUAGGGGAGAACCCCUGGACCUGUAUCUGUGGCAUGGAGCCCUUCGCUGCCUGGCUCAACUCCUCCCAGGGACAUGUGGGAGACGCAGAGGGCCUGGUGUGUGCCUUCCCCUCAGACAUGAGAAACACGUCUCUGCUGAGGUUGGCGGCUGGACAGGCUGGGGUGGGCGGGGACGGGUUGGCGCUGGGAUGCCACAGGGUGGGUGAGGGGGCGGACCUGGCCCUCCAGACUUCCUACGUGUUCCUUGGGAUCGUCCUGGGCUUCGUGGGACUCGUCUUCCUCUUGGUCCUCUACCUCAACCGGCAGGGCAUCAAGAAGAGGAUCAAUGACAUGCGGGAAGCGUGCACGGAGGUGUUGGAGGGAUACCACUACCGCUACGAGCACGACGCCGACCCCAGGCUCUCACAGGUCUCCACCACAGCAGACAUUUGAUGAUAGGAGGACACUCCCAGGGGCUUCCAUGAUCCUUUUUUCAUAAUCAAAAACGUUUUUUUUCUAUUGCAUUUAUAAGUAGAUAAGAUCAUGUAAAAACUGUACAUGUGAAUUGUAUGUAAAUAUAAACAUACAGUAAGUAUAUGACUGAGUAUUAUUAUUGUUCCUAGUAGCCUUGUCCAUGAUUUAAGCAUGCACUGUCUGAUCUGUAGUCCUUCACAACCAGUCCUCACUUUCAGUCUACACAUCGUCUGAGACUGGGGAUUACCCAUGGCUAACAAAUGGGCAUUGACUGUGAAAGAGAACUGUUGUAUGGAUGGGGGACUGACUGAAUGUUCUUCUACAUAGAUUUCCCCCUCUUAAAAGUGGGGCUUCUCUGUCUGUCCUAGAAUGAAGUGUCAUGUGAAGGAGUGAAACUACAUUUGGACAAUAUAAUGUUAUGAUUCUUGGAACUGAGAACAGAUAUGGAUGAAUAUACUUAAUUCAUGAAGCUGAAGUAAUGAAACUGAAGACUGUUCUUAUACAUUUCACUUGCUAUGACUUUACUUAAGUAUUCUUCUUUGAGAGGUCUUGUAAAUGUAUAUACUAUCGCUACCAAGCUCACAUACAGCAUAAUUAAUCAGCUCAUGAGUUGCAAGUUGUAUGACACCAACCCCUGUGAAGCUUAUGCACAAUGGCCAUGUCUGAAAUUGCACCAUAUUCCCUGUAUGGGCCCUGGGCAAAAGUAGUGGACUUAUAAAGGGAAUAGGGUACCAUUGGGACGCAGAGUUCAAUGAGAGAUUGUCUGAGGGCCAGCUCACCCCAGGACUGAGGAGCAUUUCUUUGCUCUUCUAUCCCUCUGCCCCAGGGUGCCUGAAAGGAAUCCCAGCAGAUUAGUCUCCAUAGCAUUCCAAAAGGGAGGAGAACCUCUCCUCUAAUCUCUCCUAAAAGCAACUCUUUCUCUCUCUCAAUUCAAAGGGCUGUAUUGGCAUGGGAAACAUGUUUACAUUGCUGAAGCAAGUGAAAUACAUCAUAAACAAAAGUGAAAAUAAACAAAUCAGAAAUGAACAGUAAACAUUACUCAGAAAUGAACAGUAAACAUUACUCAGAAAUGAACAGUAAACAUUACUCAGAAAUGUUUCAAAGGAAUAGAGACAUUUCAAAUGUCAUAUUAUUGCUAUGUACCGUAUUGUAACGAUGUGUAAAUAGUUAAGGGAAGAAAUAAAUAAUCAGAAUAUGGGUUGCAUUUACAAUGGUGUUUGCUCUACACUGGUUGCCCUUUUGUGGCAACAGGUCACAAAUCUUAAUGCUGUGAUAUCACACUGGUAUUUCACCUAAUAGAUAUGUGAGUUAUCAAAGAUGAGAUGAGAAGAAAAAGGACUGUUCAUUCAGUUCACACUGCACAGCCAAAGUCAUCCAGCAACGGAAAUCUCAAAACACUCUUUCAUGAAAAUGUGCUUUGUUUUAAGUUCUCUAGUUUUAGUGUCAAGAUGAUGAGAACCAGGAUGAGGCUGGAGCUAUAUGGCUGUAACUGAGGCUGGGGCUGUAACUGAGACUGGGGCUAUAGGGCUGAGGCUGGGGCUAUAGGGAUGUAACUGGGGCUGUAACUGAGGCUGGGGCUAUAGGGCUGAGGCUGGGGUUGUAACUGAGGCUAUAGGUCUAUAACUGGGGCUGGGGCUGUAACUGAGGCUGUGGCUAUAAGGCUGAGGCUAUAGGGCUGUAACUGAGACUGGGGCUAUAGGGCUGAGGCUGGGGCUUUCGGGCUGUAACUGUGGCUGAGGCUAUAGGGCUGUAACUGGGGCUAUAGGGCUGUAACUGGGGCUGGGGCUAUAGGGCUGUAACUGAGACUGGGGCUAUAGGGCUGUAACUGAGUCUGGGGCUAUAGGGCUGUAACUGGGGCUAUAGGGCUGAGGCUGGGGCUAUAGGGCUGUAACUGAGACUGGGGCUAUAGGGCUGGGGCUUUCGGGCUGUAACUGUGGCUGAGGCUGAAGCUGGGUGUGCAUGUGGCUGAGCCAAAAGCAAUCCCUCCUCCUUGAAGACAACAAGCCAUUCUCUUUAAAGGAAGGAAAGCCUGGCUGGAGCUGCAGCUUUUUCUGUUUAAGGGACAUUUUUCAGUGAUAAGAUACAGAUGAUUCUGGAAUGCCAGCAGCAGAGCAGGCAGCAGUAGUUUCAUUGAGAGGCCAAAGCCUGUUCUGCUCUUAUUAACCAGUGCAGUGGAGGAACUGUUGUUGUCUUCCUACAACAGAAAUAUACUAGUUGUUUUACACUUCAAUUAUAUUUAAUUCCUCUACUGUAAACAGUGGUUUUGACUAAUUUAUGAAGUGAUCUUUGACUGAAAUGGGUUGGGCGUACACAUGAAGGGGGUCUGGGUCUCUUUGAGAUGUGCUCUUUGUCAUGAUCUGUGAUGUUUCUGUCAUGAUAAUUGGUCCCAGGUUAAUGCUCAGUCUGGUGUGGGGAAACUAGAGGGAGAAUUAAACAACAAAGAACACAUUUCUUAUCGAUUUCUAACUCCAUUUGAUGCUUUCGUUUUGAUUGCAUGUUUUUUAGUUGAAUCAGAAAGCCUGCACAUUGUGUCCAAUCUUUUCACCAAACUUGAAAUUCUCUAGGCAUAUUUGAAUGAGGUUUUCCUUUUUUAUAUAUACUUCAGAUAAAAGCCUAUAAGUGUCCGCCUGGUUUUGCCAUAGCCCUGGUCAAAGAUAGCGCACUAUGUAGGGAAAAGGGUACCACUUCAAACAGACACAUUAACUUCCGAAAACAAGAAGGUGCUCUACUCUGCUGUGGUUGAAUUGAACAGAAUUUGACAUUCCUUUCUGACUCUGCUGGCUCUCAUCACAGUGUUGUUCCUCAUUAUCCUCCUGCACAAAAAGCUGACUCACUCCCUCUGUGGCCGUGGUGAUGUAGGACGUGUCACAGAGAAAGACCUAAUGACGAGCAAAGCUCCACUGCUAAUUGCAGGGAGUGCUGAGAGAGAGAGAGAAAAUAACUUGGGAGGGAGCUAGAGAGAGA